CAGACUUUGCGUCAAUGUGUUUCAGGGUAGCCAAGGACCACCUGGACCUUCCGGUCCCCCGGGGCCUGUUGGACCACCAGGCCCACCGGGAAUCCCUGGCCCUCCUGUUGAUUCAAACGUUGUGGAUACCAUACCCGGACCAAUGGGGCCCCAAGGUCCUCCUGGCUCACCGGGGCUUCCAGGCUUCCCGGGGACAAAGGGAGAACGGGGCGAGCCGGGCAGUGAUGGGAAAAGGGGCGUCAAGGGCGAAAGAGGUAAUCCCGGAUCUCCUGGAAAAUCCGGAUUAGACGGAUUACAGGGUCCAUCCGGAGAUCGCGGCCCUCCAGGUCAACCUGGUUCAAAGGGAAACAGGGGUGAACAAGGUCUGCGUGGAUUUCCAGGACCUGUCGGUCCCCAAGGCCCAACAGGUCCACAAGGGGAGACGGGUGCAAAGGGUAGCAAGGGGGAAAGCGGAGAGCCGAUGUCCCCUCAUCAUUAA